AUGAUGCGAGCAAGAUUAAGCCUUGAACGAGUUAACUUGAGCUUUAUUACGUCCGUAUUUUUGGCUUCAGUUGCAGUUCUUUUCAUCUCUUUGGAGAUGCCGAAAGUUCUUGCAAGGGACCGCCAAAUACUCAAACUAAAACUUGGUUUCAUGGGCAGCGGACUCCAAAAAGGGUCCCUUGAGACAAGUGGAAAUAUUGAAAACACAGAAUCAAACAUAAAUUCACAGACAACUCAACACAUAGGCACCAUAGGCGCAUCAAAUGAACGAGCAAAUGCCACCUUCUACACACUUUGUCGAAAUGAAGAGCUCUAUCAAAUGUUGGAGACAGUUCAGAACUAUGAAGACAGAUUUAACAGUAAAUUCAAGUAUGAUUGGGUAUUUCUGAAUGACUACCCGUUCACUGAUGAGUUCAAAAGGGUAAUCUCCCAUGCAAUAAGUGGUGAGGCAAAAUUUGGUCAAGUACCGGCCUCUCAUUGGAGAUUUCCGGAUCAUAUUGAUCAGCAGAAAGUAUACGAGUCGAUGGAUAAAAUGGACUCAGACAACACAACAGGCGAUUAUCUGGGGCUCCCUAUUCCUUAUGCUAAAAGCAUAAGCUAUAGACACAUGGUUGAACCUGAUGUCAAGUUAUACUGUGAUAUUGACUACGAUGUGUUCAAAUCAAUGGAGCAAAAUGGCAAGAGAUACGGUUUUGUCAUCUCAAUGAUGGAAUUUGAAAAGACAAUCGAAUCAUUGUUUAAAGAAGUGAAAAAUUACCUCCAAAUGAAGGGGGUGUCACGAUUGCUUGAGGAUACUGAUAACUUAUCUGAUUUUGUAUACGAUGAGCUAUCGGGUGACUAUACAUUGUGUCAUUUCUGGUCCAAUUUUGAAAUUGGAGACCUGGAUUUUUUCAGAGGUCGAGAGUACAAUGAAUUCUUUGACUAUUUGGAUAGCAAAGGAGGUUUCUACUAUGAAAGAUGGGGGGAUGCUCCGAUUCAUUCCAUAGCAGUAAGUUUAUUCAUGCAAUGGAACGAUGUCAAGUGGUUUUCAGACAUUGGAUAUAGGCAUCCACCGUACCUUUCCUGCCCGCUUUCUGAAGAAGUGAGGUUAGAGAAAAAAUGCUCAUGUGAUCCAAAGCAGGACUUUACCAUGGACGCUUAUAGCUGUACAAGGUUCUAUCAGGACAUUAUAAGAGAUAAACAGAAAUCUCAGGGAAGCAACCCCUGA